GAAUCAGUUGAAAAUCAGUCUUUCGUCAUUGCUCUCUUCUCGUCAGUCAAGUUGUUGACAAAUAUUUUUCUUUCAUAUAUAUUUAAAUAUUUAGUGAAAGACUAUUUAAUUUUAAUAUUUUCAAUAUGUUAUCAGUUAGUAGAUCUCAACUUAAUAAAGCUAGUUUUUCAAUUCUUCGUCGUUUUAAGAGUACACUUGUAAUAGCAGAACAUAAUGAUGGGAAGGUUAUUCCUAUCACUUUUAAUGCAAUUACAGCAGCAAAACAAUUAGGAAAUGAAGUCACUGUUUUGGUAGCUGGAGCUCAAACAUCUUCAGUUGUUAGUGAAGUUUCUAAAGCAAGUGGAGUUACAAAAGUUCUCAUGGCAGAAAAUGAAGCUUUCAAGGGUUUAUUGCCAGAAAGUCUUACACCAUUAGUUUUAGCUACUCAAAAACAAUUCAGUUUUUCUCACAUUGUGGCUGGAGCCUCAGCUUUUGGAAAGAACUUAAUACCCCGAAUAGCAGCAAAGUUGGAUGUCUCUCCUAUUUCUGAUGUAAUUGCUAUUAAAGACGCCGAUACUUUUAUUCGAACCAUAUAUGCUGGAAAUGCUAUUCAAACACUUAAAGCUUUAGAUAGUAUAAAGUUGUUAACCAUACGUGGAACAAAUUUUUCUGCUUGUGAUUUAAGUGGAAGUGGAGCUCCUUCUGAAAAAGCCCCUGAUUGUGAUAUUAAAAAUGAAGUGUCUGAGUGGGUGAGCCAAGAAUUGUCAAAAAGUGAAAGACCUGAACUAACAAGUGCAAAACGAGUUAUUUCUGGAGGCCGUGGUAUGAAAAGUGGCGACCAGUUCAAGAUAUUGUAUGAUCUUGCUGACAAAUUAAAAGCUGCCGUAGGAGCUUCUCGAGCAGCUGUAGAUGCUGGAUUUGUUCCUAACGACAUGCAAAUAGGACAAACUGGAAAAAUUGUAGCUCCUGAAUUAUAUAUAGCUGUAGGAAUUUCUGGUGCCAUUCAACAUUUGGCCGGAAUGAAAGACUCUAAAACUAUUGUAGCUAUUAAUAAAGAUCCUGAAGCUCCUAUUUUUCAAGUAGCAGAUCUUGGAUUAGUAGCAGAUUUGUUUAAAGCCAUACCUGAAAUGUCUGGAAAAAUUGAUCAGUAUAUCAACAAAUAAAUUACAUGCUCUGCUAUUUUUAUUAUACAAUGUUAAUCAUACAUUUUUCACGAAAUUAAAAAAUAUAUUAUUGUGUUAAUAGUACGAUGAUUAAAAACAUUUUAUUUCUCAUACUACCAUUUACAAUAUAAAUUUAUGUAUAUGUUUCUACUUAUUUAUAUUCUCUUCAGAAUUCAAAAUAAUCAGAAAAUUUAUAAUUUAAUCAAUUAAUAUGGCUUUUGAGAAAUUUUACUUAAGUAAUCAAUGAAGAAUUUUUGUUGCUUAUUACAACUCAUGUUUAAGUGUAAAAAAUAUGUAUUUGAUCAGUAUCAGUUCUUUUGUUCAUUUUGUACAUGAAAAGUACGUAUAUCUCAGUAAAUGUUUUCAUAUUUACAGUUAACACUUUGUAUUAAAUUAAUAUUUUGUAAUAAAAUAUUUUAUUGUA